CUCUCACCAGGAAGCUGACUUACCCUAAACCACUCCGCUGUUUCUCGUCAUAUUACAUCUGGGUCCCCUGUCACUGCCGCUGCCGGAUGAGUGACCCAGUCUCCGGGACUUAUUUGGCCUGUAGGUGCAGAGGGCCCUGCUCACCACUUACUUUUUUUUCCCCUUCUUUCUACAUAAUAUAUUUUUUCUAAUCUGCUAAAAAAAAAGUCCGUCUGAAAACCCAAGAACACAGAUCUCCAUUCUUCUUUUUUUCUUCCCCUAUCUCACGCAGAAUAGUUGACUUCCGUAAAGUUUAUUUUUCAACAGCCUCUUUCAGCUUCCUGUGCCUGAAACAUCGCUUGACUCACUGAAGAAUUAAAACUGACAGCACCGCAGAGCCGUGUGGGAGAAAAGGGGAUUUUAGACUCAAGUGACACAGUCAAGUCUUGAGGAGUAAAGACAUUUGGAUGGUUUCUCACCAAAUGGAAGUUAUCUAGAGAGCCCCCAAGACCACUGCAUCUCCUCAUUGUGCUUCUGCUGCGCCGAGAAAGUGCCCUUGGCCCUGGACGUUAAUAAAAUGCUGGAUUCAAUCAAGUGCGUGCUGGUGGGGGACUCUGCAGUGGGGAAAACAUCUCUCUUGGUACGUUUCACCUCCGAGACUUUUCCAGACGCCUACAGACCCACUGUGUAUGAAAAUACCGGAGUGGAUGUCUUCAUGGAUGGAGUACAGAUUAGCCUAGGUCUCUGGGACACAUCUGGCAGCGAUGCCUUCAAAGGCAUUCGCCCCCUCUCCUACCAGCAGGCAGAUGUGGUGUUAAUGUGCUACUCGGUGGCGAACCACAGCUCCUUCCUAAACCUGAGGAACAAGUGGAUCGGCGAGAUCCGCAACCAUUUGCCCCGCAUCCCUGUGCUGGUGGUGGCCACUCAGACUGACCAGCGCGACACAGGGCCCUACCGCUCCUCCUGCAUCAGCCCGAUGGAUGGGAAGCGGCUCGCCCAGGACGUGCGAGCCAAGGGCUACCUGGAGUGCUCUGCCCUCAGCAACCGCGGCGUGCAGCAGGUGUUUGAGUACGCCGUGCGGACAGCAGUCAACCAAGCCAAAAGGCAGAACAGGCGGAAGCUCUUCUCCAUUAACGAGUGCAAGAUCUUCUGAGGGCCGCCGGCGGUGGUUUUGCCUGCAUUCGUUCUCUCUGUCUUCUCACAGAGACGCUGCGGCAGAGAUAAUGGGGGGUGAAUCAAAGGAGGACUCCUGGCAGGACCACAGUGCAGGUGCUCCUAAUAAGACAGAUGCACGCUCUCUCUGAUCUGUUCCCCCACCCAACACACAUGGGCACUAUCUUUAAAAAUGACGAGUACAGGUGAAUGCAGCCCUGUGCUUGGACUUUGCUGUCCUGGACCGGAGGAUUUACAGACCAUAGCUGUGUUGAUUUUGUUACUGGUGUUCCUCAGUUGUUGGUUUGUCUGCAUUUAUUUAAUGAAAAACUUCUGCCUGGAUCAGCCUCCCUUCGAUGUAUCUGUCUAUGUGGAGAUUUUUUUUUUUUACUCUAAGGACUUAAUGUAUAAAAUCUGACCAUUGUAUAUCUAUUUAAAAGAGUCUUGUAUUUGUUGUUGUAAAAUCCUGACACUUUGUUUUCAUAUUUUGGAAGUUCUUCCUCAUAUUUUGGAAGUUCUUCCUCUACCUAACCAUAGAAGCGAAUCAUCUUAUCCAUACAAUAAAUGGCCUGCAAGCAAGCCGACCACUUCUUACACAUGCCUGAGUUACUGCACGACAGUGACUGAGCCCAGCAUGUCCAGCGUAGGAGCGAUUAAAACAUACUUGACAGAUAUUUGAUAGCUGACCCAUGGCUUUGUGAGAUUUAUGUUGUUAUCAUAGUCCUCUUCCUAGGAAAAUGGAGUCCGCCUCAGGUCAAAAAUGGGAUGAAACAGGAGGAACUUAACUUAAUUCUUCCUAGACCUGACCUAAUUACAACCCCAGAAGGGCUGGCUUGCAGUCAGGGCUUGUUUAGACACAUGGGUGGGGUGGCAGAGACAAAUCUGUACUAUCAUCACCUCUCAUGUCUCCGACGUAGUUUUGGAGGCAAAAGAUUUCAUUGUCCAGGGAUGAAAGGUAUUUUUUCACGAGCA